AUGACUAAUGCCGGGUCAAUUUUCGCACUAGACUCUGAUAGCGAGGAAGAUGAUAACCUUCAUCACAACAUUGGUUUGAACAAACAAAAAAGUAGCGCCAAAGGAUUGCCACCCAGUGGCCAAAAUACUGCCUCCAAAUUUGUCGGUAGAAGAGUUUGGGCCAAAGUUGCAGUAUCACAUUCGAAUGGCUUUUGCAGCAUCCGAAACUGCAAACAUGAUUCUCUCCAUCCGAACCAUGCUUGCAUUCAAUGUAAAUGCGGAGUCCACAAUUUGUGUGUACAGGAAAGUAUGUUGAUGUCAAUUAGCAAGGAAGACGGUCACUGGUACUGUUCCAAGGAAUGCGGCGGAAGCGACGUUGCAACACACGAUGUGGGAGUUCGACAAGUAGCAACACCAACUACAACUACAACUACAACACCAACUACAACUACAACAGCAGUUGCAGCAACUACAACAACAACUACAACACCAAGAAGUACUGACGGAGCUAAAAUUCAAGAAGAGAAUUUACUAGCAGCCGAAUUCGAAGACUGUGUAGUUGAUCCUGUUGCAAGAAACCAAUAUACCAAGAAAAAGAUCGACCUUACCAGACUUCGGUCCAUUGCAGGAUAUACAGUGAGAGAUACUUCUGUUGACCUAAUGCGGAGAUUUGUGUGCAGAAAGCUGACUGCUAAACAAGGCACUGGUCGAAUGGGGAAAGGAGCUCUUUGUGACUUGAUUGCUACCAAAAUAGAAGAUCAUCAAAUUGCAAAAGCAAAUGGAACUCUGGACACUCGAACGAAGAAAAAGACGGCCGCAAUCAAAAUCGUGAAAAAGUGGUGUGCCAAACGGCUUGUCAAUGUAAUCGUGUCAAACAAAAUGCGCAACCAACUUCACCGUCGAAACGAAUCUAUUACAAGAGAAGAGGGAAUCAUCUGA